GUAUCAACGUGAGAAUCUUUUUGACUCGAUCAAAAACAUCAAACGUUGAAGUCAAAACAAUCUCUUACUACAAGUUGAAGUUACAUUCAUACAAAACACAAUAGCUUAUCAGAUUCGCUUAACUUGUUGUUUCCUCUCUUCUUCAAGCUCUGUCUCUAUCCAAAUGGGCGAGACCGGCCGUCAUAAAUGGUUCUCAUUUCCCCACCACCGUUCAGCCUCCGCUACGUCAAUACCGCAGAUGCCACAACACAACAACCCCGGCGAAACACCGACUGAGUUCCUCUGUCCCAUCACCGGUUUUUUAAUGUCGGAUCCCGUGGUCGUCGCUUCUGGUCAAACAUUUGAGCGUGUCUCUGUCCAAGUUUGCCGUAAUCUCGGGUUUGCUCCAAAGCUUCACGACGGAUCUCAGCCUGAUUUAUCGACGGUGAUACCAAAUCUCGCCAUGAAAUCAACAAUUCUCAGCUGGUGUGAUAGAAACAAAAUGAAACACCCUCGUCCUCCUGAUUACGCUUACGUCGAAGGUGUUGUUCGUACCCGUAUGGAUUCGGUUCCGGGUCAUCGGAUCUCUAAAUCCGAAAUCUUACCUCCGCUUGCUGAGACUUCAAAUUCCAACUCCAAUUCAAAUUCGAAUUCACAGUCGGAUUAUGAAUCUGUGAUGGGAGCGAUUCGAUCUCGUUCAAGAAACUCAAUAUCAUCAACUUCAACCACUUCUCUUCCAUUUCACCAAAACCGACCCGCUAAUCACUCGACCCGGAUCCCAAGCUCAUUCACUUCAUCAUUUCCUCCGAUGUCACCGGAAGAAGAAGAGAUCGUUAACAAACUCAGCAGUGUAGACACAAUCGAUCACGAACAAGGUCUGAUUCAGCUGAGAAAGACGACGAGAACAAACGAGAGCACGAGAAUCUCGCUCUGCACUGAUCGGAUUCUCUCGUUACUCCGAUCUCUUAUCGUUUCGCGGUACAACAUCGUGCAGACGAACGCCGCAGCGUCAUUGGUCAACCUCUCGUUGGAGAAACCAAACAAGUUAAAAAUCGUACGGUCAGGAUUCGUUCCUUUGUUAAUCGAUGUUUUGAAAUCGGGAUCAACGGAGGCGCAAGAGCAUGUGAUCGGAGCUUUGUUUAGUUUAGCGGUUGAGGAAGAGAACAAGAUGGUGAUUGGAGUUCUCGGUGCGGUUGAACCGCUUCUUCACGCGCUUCGAUCUUCCGAGAGUGAGAGAGCGCGUCAAGACGCUGCGCUUGCGCUUUAUCAUCUGUCGUUGAUUCCGAAUAACCGGAAUAGAUUGGUUCGAGCCGGUGCGGUGCCGGUUAUGUUGUCUAUGAUAAGAUCCGGUGAAUCGGCGAGUAGGAUUCUUCUGUUGCUAUGUAACUUAGCGGCUUGCUCGGAAGGUAAAGGAGCUAUGCUUGAUGGGAAUGCGGUGGCGAUAUUGGUUGGGAAAUUGAGAGAAAGUGGUGGAGAUGGGGCAGAGGAGGCGGCGGCGCGUGAGAAUUGCGUUGGGGCGUUGUUGACGUUGAGUGUAGGGAAUAUGAGGUUUAGAGGAUUGGCGAGUGAGGUGGGUUUGGAGGAGGUGUUGACGGAGAUUGUGGAGAGCGAGAGCGGAGGCGCACGGUUGAAGGAGAAGGCGGUGAAGAUUCUGCAGACAUUGAGAGGCGGAGAUGGGGAAUUUGGAGAAGGUGCAGAGGUGCGUGAGUGGAACCGUAUGUUGGAAGCGAGUGGGCUAAGCCGGUCUCAGUUUCAACAAGGAGGGCAAAAUGGGGGUUUCGCUUAUUCCUCUCAAUUUUAGCUCUCUGUAUGAUUCAAUUAUUUAUUUUAUUUUUCUUUUGGGUAAAAAAAAAAGUUUUUUUCACUCCUUGUAAUAUAUUUUUUCUUUUUGUGACUAUAAUUUUGGGAGUGAAUUUGUAUUUAGUCUUCUUUGAUUUGACUUUUCCAAAUGAAACGACGAAAAGUUAAAAUGUUCAUUCGUUUGUAUUGAA